AUGUCAUCCCCAUCCUCGCGCUGGUUUCACCAAGGAACAGACCCUGGCACAAUCAUCACCCUCGAUCAACCUGUCCCUUCGCAGUGGAAGAUCCUCAAGAAGCUCAAUGAGCGUAACUUCCAGGGUAGUGAAGAAAUGCGUCGUCGCCAUGGCCACUACUCUUACGCUACGGCUAAACUCCUCUGUUGCGAUCCAAAGAAGCCCUCCAGGAAAGCCUUCAUGCGAGUUUAUCUUCAGGUUCCUUUUAAGAACACUGAAAUACAAGAUCCGAAGAGCAGAUUUCGCCAGGCCACAACAUACAUGCCCCCAGAGUUGACUGCCUACCAGGAGCUUACUCAGAAGGACUUCAGCAAUGUACCAAAGCUCCUAGGGUACAAGGUCAGCACUCAAGAUAAGUCAGGGCUGAUCCCAAAUGGGUUUGCGAUCUGGCUGUCGUGGGAAAUGGUCCCAGGUCUACGCCUCGGCAACAGCUUGGGAAUGAUCCAUACUGGACUCUGUCCGCUGUUGAGAGGGGACAUGUCCGUGCGCUCGAGAAAGGGUAUGGACCUUAUACGCCCAGUCUCUCUAAGCUAG